CUCUCAUCCCUUUGAUCAUCAAUAGAUCUGUGUCCCUUCUGUAUUACGCGUUGAUCUUUCAACGCUUCUUUCUCUCUCUUCACGUUCUCUCUCUAAGAAAUUAUUGUCUUUGUCGAUCUCUUCCCUUCUUCAAACCCGUGGCAUUGAAUCUCUGAUCCACACACACACAGAGCUCAACAACAGAGAGACCCCCCUCCUUCAUAUCCCCAAACUGGGUUUCUGUUUCUCUCAAGAAAGGAAUCAAAGCACACCCCAAAAGAGUCUGAUAUGACAUAUACAUUUGCAAUAUAGUAUUGGGUAUUAUUUGCAAUUAAUAUAUAUGUAAUGUAUGUGUGUGUUAAUACAUCGUUUUCCGUAAUUCUUUAAUGUGGGGUUGGAGUUUCGUGUGAUAGGUGUUUAAGAGGGUGACCUAAAGAAGAGAAAAGGCUGUGCUUUUCUGCGAUGUACAAUGGGUUUUGAGUGAUUUGUGUUAGUGUCGGUGAGAGAGAAAGAGAGAUAAGUCGUCUCUCUCCUGAUUUUGAAGGAGUUUAGUGGGUAGUGUGUGACUGUGUGCUCGAUGGAUACGGCAGGAAGACUUGUUGCGGGUUCACACAACAGGAAUGAGUUUGUUCUUAUCAAUGCUGAUGAGAUUGGACGAGUGACUUCUGUAAAAGAAUUGAGUGGGCAGAUUUGUCAGAUUUGUGGAGAUGAGAUAGAAAUUACUGUGGAUGGAGAGCCAUUUGUUGCCUGCAAUGAAUGUGCUUUCCCUGUUUGCAGGCAUUGCUAUGAGUAUGAAAGGAGAGAAGGAAAUCAAGCUUGCCCUCAAUGCAAGACUAGAUACAAGCGCAUCAAAGGGAGUCCUAGAGUGGAAGGUGAUGAAGAAGAGGAUGAAUUUGAUGAUUUGGACAAUGAGUUUGAUUACACUAGCAAUGACAGGAGAGAUCCUCAGCACAUUGCGGAAGCCAUGCUCUCUUCUCGACUCAAUGUUGGCCGCGGUGGGCAACCUAAUGCGUCUGGAAUCACUACGCCGUCGGAGAUGGAUUCCUCUGGCCUUAACCCAGAAAUCCCUCUUCUUACCUAUGGUCAAGAGGAUGAUCAAAUAUCGGCAGACCAACAUGCUCUUAUCAUUCCUCCGGUCAUGGGUCGUGGAAAGCGAGUCCAUCCUAUACCAUUUACUGAUUCCUCAAUGUCUUUGCCGCCACGGCCAAUGGACCCUAAGAAAGAUUUAGCAGUAUAUGGGUAUGGUUCUGUUGCAUGGAAAGAAAGAAUGGAGGAUUGGAGGAAAAGGCAGAAUGAUAGGCUUCAAGUGGUUAGGCACCAAGGAGAAAAUGGUGGUGGGAACAAUGGGGAUGAGCUGGAUGAUCCUGACUUGCCCAAGAUGGACGAAGGCAGGCAGCCGCUUUCAAGAAAGUUACCAAUCCCUUCAAGCAAGAUAAACCCGUACAGAUUAAUCAUAUUACUCCGCAUUGCGGUCCUUGGAUUAUUUUUUCACUAUAGAAUUCUGCAUCCAGUCAAUGAUGCAUAUGGAUUGUGGCUAACAUCAAUUAUCUGUGAAAUAUGGUUUGCUGUAUCAUGGAUAUUUGAUCAGUUUCCAAAAUGGUUGCCCAUUGAGCGAGAAACAUACCUUGAUAGGCUAUCACUGAGAUAUGAGAAAGAAGGGAAGCCAUCUGAGUUAGCUCCUAUAGACAUAUUUGUAAGUACUGUGGAUCCCAUGAAAGAACCUCCACUUAUCACUGCAAAUACGGUUCUGUCCAUCCUUGCCGUGGAUUACCCAAUCGACAAGGUUGCUUGUUAUGUCUCUGAUGAUGGUGCUGCCAUGCUUACUUUUGAGGCCCUCUCUGAGACAUCUGAGUUUGCAAGGAAAUGGGUCCCAUUCUGCAAGAAGUUCAACAUAGAGCCUCGGGCCCCUGAGUGGUAUUUUGCUCAGAAGGUUGACUAUCUGAAAGACAAAGUACAUCCGACCUUUGUGAGGGAACGUCGUGCAAUAAAGAGGGAAUACGAAGAGUUUAAAGUUCGUAUAAAUGGGUUGGUUUCAAUGGCACAGAAGGUUCCUGAGGAGGGCUGGACAAUGCAGGAUGGAACUCCAUGGCCAGGAAACAAUGUUAGGGAUCAUCCAGGAAUGAUCCAGGUGUUCUUGGGUCACAAUGGUGUCCGUGAUAUCGAAGGGAAUGAGUUACCUCGCCUCAUUUAUGUGUCUCGUGAGAAGAGACCAGGAUUUGAGCACCACAAAAAAGCUGGAGCCAUGAAUUCAUUGGUGCGGGUGUCGGCAGUCAUCUCAAAUGCUCCUUACCUGCUGAAUGUAGAUUGUGAUCACUACAUAAACAAUAGUAAGGCUCUCAGGGAAGCUAUGUGCUUCAUGAUGGACCCCACUUCUGGGAAGAAAAUAUGCUACGUGCAGUUUCCUCAAAGAUUUGAUGGGAUUGAUCGCCAUGAUAGAUACUCAAAUCGCAAUGUUGUAUUCUUUGAUAUAAAUAUGAAAGGGUUGGACGGGAUACAAGGACCAAUUUAUGUUGGAACUGGAUGUGUCUUCAGAAGGCAGGCGCUUUAUGGGUAUGAUGCUCCUGUCAAGAAGAAAGCCCCAGGCAAAACAUGCAAUUGUUUGCCAAAAUUGUGUUGCUUCUGUUGUGGAUCUAAAAGGAAGAACAGGAAAGGGAAAUCCAAGGACAAAAAGAAGACGUCAAAAAGCAGGGAGGCUUCAACACAGAUACAUGCUCUUGAAAAUAUUGAGGAAGGAAUUGAAGGAAUAGAUAGUGAAAAGACAUCCCUCAUGCCCCAGAUAAAAUUUGAGAAAAAGUUUGGACAGUCACCAGUUUUUAUUGCUUCAACACUUUUAGAAGAAGGUGGAGUUCCUCCAGGGGCAACGUCUGCAUCACUCUUGAAAGAAGCCAUUCAUGUUAUUAGUUGUGGUUAUGAAGACAAAACGGAAUGGGGGAAAGAAGUUGGGUGGAUAUAUGGCUCUGUUACUGAGGAUAUAUUAACUGGCUUUAAGAUGCAUUGCCAUGGCUGGCGGUCAGUGUACUGCAUACCCCGAAGGCCUGCAUUUAAGGGAUCGGCCCCCAUCAACCUUUCAGAUCGUUUGCACCAGGUUCUCCGGUGGGCCUUGGGAUCUGUUGAGAUUUUCUUUAGCAGACACUGUCCAAUCUGGUAUGGAUAUGGGUGUGGCUUGAAACCGCUGGAGAGGUUUUCAUAUAUAAACUCUGUCGUCUAUCCAUUAACAUCCAUUCCCUUGGUUGCAUAUUGUACCUUGCCAGCUGUCUGUCUCCUUACCGGGAAGUUUAUUGUACCCGAGAUUAGCAACUAUGCCAGUAUUGUGUUUAUGUCUCUCUUCAUAUCAAUUGCGGUGACUAGUAUCCUGGAGAUGCAAUGGGGAGGUGUUGGCAUAGAUGAUUGGUGGAGAAAUGAGCAAUUCUGGGUGAUUGGUGGUGUCUCAUCACACCUUUUCGCUCUCUUCCAGGGUCUUCUUAAAGUUUUGGCUGGAGUCAACACAAACUUCACUGUUACAUCCAAAGGAGGAGAUGAUGGAGAGUUUUCUGAGCUGUACCUCUUCAAGUGGACAUCUCUGUUGAUCCCUCCCCUGACUUUGUUGAUCAUAAACAUAAUUGGGGUCAUAGUUGGUGUCUCAGAUGCCAUCAAUAAUGGGUACGAGUCAUGGGGUCCUCUAUUUGGCAAGCUGUUCUUUGCCUUGUGGGUCAUUGUCCAUCUGUACCCCUUCCUCAAAGGUAUGAUGGGGAAGCAGAAUGGGGUUCCCACCAUCAUUGUGGUAUGGUCUAUACUUCUGGCUUCCAUCUUCUCUCUUUUAUGGGUGCGAAUUAACCCAUUUUUGUCAAGGGAUGGUAUUGUAUUAGAAGUUUGUGGGUUGGAUUGUAACUAAGAUACACAAGAUAAAGGUUUAGAUGGCUCGAGUUAUAUGUAGAAAGGAAAGUUGGGAACUGAAAAGGAGGAGUUGUGAACUAUAAAAGAGCUGCAUCUCAGUGUGAAGAUGAAGGCAUCCCUUGACAGUUUGAUCUUUUGAUGAGAAUCAUCAGUCUUAUAGAUAAGCAAGCUGGAAGAAAAUUUGUGGUGGGCUGUGUGUAGAUAAACAGGCUUGGACCCGACACAUUGAUAUUUGUAUUGAAAAUUUUUCAUUGAUUCUUUUUGAUACAUUUUAGAUUUGUUGUCUGCAAGGGAUGAAAGGUAGAGGACCUUGUCUGUGUAUUCCCAAGAAACAUAGAAGUUUCCAUAAUUUAUUACGUUCUUCUCAAUAAGGCACUUAAUGCAGUGAUGUUAAGUCUCUUUCCAUUAUGUUUUUGGUAAUCGUUUCAUCGGUACUUGUGGGAACUGGAUUUACCAUGUUUAAAUUGUGUAAAUUUCAAUGAAAGACCUGCAUUUUUACAUUGAAAUGUGCUAAUACUUGUUGGAGGGCCACUGGUACUUCAAAGUGAACACUCUCGUAGAGCCUCCUAUGCUUUUCUUCUAUGGCUGUUCAAGUAUAUAAGAAACACUUUUAUUUCAAAUCUGUGUGUUCUGGCACUAUUAUUGUACCAAUGUUGGGAAUGUUUGUUUUCAUUUAAAC